AUUACUCUACUGUGAUUCUUCUUGCUUCUCUGUUUUUCAUUUCUGAUUCCAUCAAUCAGGAUCCCAACCUUCGCUUGCUACUGCUUCUUCUUCUGUUUGCUGUUAAUUUGCAGUUAGGUUUUUUACUUUUGCACCAAUUUCCCCACUGAAACGUCCUUUUAUACACAAUCACUGUACUUUUUUAAAUUAAUUGCUUCUCUUUUAUUGCGGAAUUUCUCUGUCUUUGUGUGAGUCCAUGCUUCAUCGCCUUGCCAAUUGUGGAUUUCUUAGAAUGAGUAAUGGGGUGCGUGAAUUCGUUUCACUAUUGAUGAACUUGUAUUGCUUACUGUUGAUCAUGGGGCGGAUUUAGCUGAUUUUCGAGUGUUGAUGGAAGCUGUAAGGUGCUUUAGCUCUUGGCUUAGUUUCCCUAUUAUUCUUCAACUAAAGAAUAAGGAAGCUGCGUACCUAUACCCGGCCAGUGCUUCCUUCAUCAACUUCAAUCCUUUAAUGACAGCAAAUUGAGCUCUAACUCAUCAAUCAUGUGCGGUGCUGUCAUUUGAUCAUGAGAUAUGUCUAUGUCCAAAUAAGCUGCUCCAUAGUUUGGAGUUGUUGAUAAUGGCUUGUUGCUGAGCGACCGGAGUAUGUGACAGUACCAUCAUCCUUCACAUCACAAUUCAGUGUUACAGUGGAUCGUGGGCACUAUAGCGCUAUUGAAGCUAUGAUAUUGGGUGGUGAUAUACAAGCCCAAUUCCACCCCUCUACCUUUCUGCUGCCUCUCAAGAUUUUUUUAGUUCUCCCUAGAGAUUUAGCUGUUGGUUUACAUCAUAAGGGUUUUGGGGUUUUGCUUCUUAUUUCUCGUAGCCAUUAUGCUUCUUUCUUCUCAUAUCUGUUCUACGUCCACAUAAACCAAGGUUUGAAUCUUCUCCUGUUUGAAAAAUGGAGUUGAUGCAUCUUGUCCAGAAAUUGGUUUUAUUGAAGCAAUGCAAAUUUGUUUGUUAUAAGUUGUUAGAUACUGGUUACUUUCCUGAUUUGACGUAUGUGUGAAAGAAUCCAAUAUGUAUUUGGUUGCCCAAUGAUCUGGACUUUGGGCUUGUUCUUAUUUAGUUUGAGGUUCAAGUGUGGUUUAAAGAUAAGUUUAUUGGGAUUUGCUGUGAAUUUGACAGUAUUGCAUAUUAUUUUGAUAAGUUGAUGCAUGAACUGGAGCAGAAAUCCCAUAUGAGUUGAGUAUGAGAUAGAGCUCAGUGGAGACUCUCCCCUCUUAUUGGCAUGGCUUUAGGAGUGGGUUUUCUUCUAAAUGUAACAGGAGCCUGUUUUGUAUAUAUCCCUAGCAUGGAUGGGUGGCUCUUUCCAACCUUAUAGAGGAAGUCCCUUGUUGGAUGAUUUUGGGAAGCAACUCCCAUUCAUGGCAGGGGCUCUUCCCUUAUAUCAUAAUUUCGUCAUCUGAGUUCAACCCUGGCAGUAUGCAGUGUUGCGUGGUCUUGUGGAGAAUGGGAAGUACUGGUACUGACAAGAUGCCAGGCAAUAACAGCACAGGAAGUUCAGAAACCACUAUUGAGAUAAAGAUCAAGACCUUGGAUUCACAGACUUACACCCUCAGAGUGGAUAAACAGAUGCCAGUCCCUGCUCUGAAAGAACGGAUUGCUUCUGUCACUGGAGUGUUAUCACAUCGGCAGCGCUUAAUUUGCCAAGGAAAGGUUCUGAAGGACGAUCAACUCCUGUCUGCUUACCAUGUUGAAGAUGGUCAUACCUUGCAUCUGGUUUCUAGGCAACCUGAUCUACCAGGAUUUUUGCCCGGUCAUUCAGGGGCUGACCCAAAUUCAAGCACAAGUCAUGGCCACAGUAGUCAAAUAUCCCCGGGUGUAGUCAUUGAACUCUUUAUUGAAACCAAGAAGUUUUACUUAGUGUUUCAAGCUCAUAUAAGCAUAUGUCUCUAUUUAUCUGAUGAACUAUGACAUAACAUUGGGGUGCUGGCUUGGAUGAAGGAGCAUGACUCCCAAGGCUUUGGAAGAACUUCAGGUUCCAGUGGUCUUUCAGAUUCAUCCCAUCCUCAGCCUGAACAAACUGGUUUGCGGUAUUCAUCAGAUAGGUCGCGUAAUACCUUUGUACAUCCAGCAGCAGCUUCUUUGGGAUCUUUGCAGCCUCCUGUUAUUCCCGAUUCUUUGACAACACUAUCCCAAUUUCUGAGUCAUAUAAGUCACGAAUUUGAUGCAAUUGUCAGAGAAGGGGGCAAUAAUGUCCAAGCAGCUGAGGCUCAUAGGAAUGAAGAAAUGGGGUCUGCUUCGUCACGAUUGGGUUCAACAGCAGAAGCACUUACAUCACCUGCAUCCUUGGCAGAAGUCAUGCUAUCUACCAGACGAAUGAUGAUUGAACAAGCUGGGGAAUGCCUACUUCAACUUGCAAGACACCUGGAGAAUCAGGCAAAUGUAACUGAUCAUUUGAUGCGGUCAAGCAUUCAGUCUAGGGCUUUGAGGACUGGAGUUCUGUUCUAUAACCUGGGUGCAUUAUUCCUUGAGCUUGGCCGCACAACCAUGACAUUGCGCUUGGGUCAAAGUCCGUCUGAAGCUGUAGUUAAUGGUGGGCCUGCAGUUUUCAUAUCUCCGUCUGGUCCUAACCAUAUCAUGGUUCAGCCUCUUCCUUUUCAACCUGGAGCGAACUUUGGUACUGUCCCCAUAGGAACUGCUCAGUCUAACGCAAGUUUAGGUAGUGGACUUGGUUCAAGUUUUUUCCCAAGGCGGAUUGAUAUACAGAUACGACGAGGGGUCUCAACAGCCACACCAAAUGCCAGUCAAGAAGAACGUGCUGAUACACAGUCUGCUUCAGUACAAAGAAAUCAAGGUGAAGGUCCUGCUAAUCAGGCAGCCUCAAGGCGUUCAGAUGUGGCUGGUGCUGGGGAGCAAGGAGUAAGGAUUGUGCCAAUUAGAACCAUGGUUGCAACAGUACCAGGUUCCUUAGGUCGUCCACCUGCAGAACCAUCUGGUAAUUCUAUAGGGGUUUACUAUCCGGUUCUCGGGAGAUUUCAACAGGUAUCUUCAGGGCAUGGAAAUAGUGAACAAGGAUCUCAACCAGCUAGUCAGCAUCAUGCUGUGCAACAGUCCAGUCAUGAAAACACAUUGCAAAGGCAAAACGAAGAUUCUGCAAGGAAUGGAUCCUCAUCAACUCCUACCACAAGCUCGAAUUCCCGUGUGGUGAAUAUCAAUAUCCUGGCAGCUGGUGGGGCCCAGAAUAAUCAGGAGUCUGAGCGACAGAUACCAAACAGUGUUCUUCAGUUUAUAAGGACCCUGUUUCCUGGGGGAGAAAUUCAUGUUGAAGACUUGAAUUUACAGGGAACAAAUUCAGGUUCUACCCCAGAGCAAGCUGCAACAGCAAGGGCAGCUCAGGCCCCUGAAGCUGAACCUAGAGUUAGUGAUGAAGGAAGGUUUUUGUCAAACAUACUCCGCGAAAUCAUUCCCCUCGUGUCUCAACAAACAGGCUCUGGAAGAAAUCCUUCAGAGGAACAAGCAGCUCAGGAUUCUUCAUCACAGGUGGAAACUGAUGCAGGGACAUCACGAAGGCGGAAUGGUUCAGAUCCAAGCCCCCCUGAUUCUAAACGCCAAAAGAUGGAGUGAUGGAGAGGAUAAUGUACAUGAUGCAGUUGUGGAAGAUUGUGAUCGUAACCAUCGGAAUUCAGGGCGGAUGUGUUGAUGUGAAUUUGGUAUUUUGUGUCCAUCUCAGUCCUCAUUCAACUUUGAGCUGUACUCAGAUAUCUAUAAGAAGAUUCGCUUGUCUUAAAAGCGGCAUCAUGCUGUGCAAUAUUGAGAAUAGAAUUUUAUUUUACAAUUGGGAUCGCCCAUCAUAUAAAGUUAAAUUUUUAUA